UUACAAAAAUGUUCUAAGUAAUAGUUGUUCCAGAAUAGCAUGAAGUUGUGCGUUCAACGCGUGUAUACAUGGUGCCAUGAGUGCUGAUAAUUCUUGUGCGGACGUGUCGGUACCUUUACGGAACCUUCUGAACUCGGUCCAGUGUGUUCGAGACCGAGUAAAGGAUGGGGAGUCCAACGAGUCCAAUGGGGUGUUCAACCUGUCAAACUUCUGGGAUACGCUGACGCAAGCAGUGAAAGCAGCCUCACAGGAAGCCACUAAACUCAGCCUUGCCUUCUCUAAGCCUCCCGUGCCAACACAAGAGGAUGGUGAGAAGUUUGCUGAAUCCAUCCAGAAGAGCAUUUUGGCACUAUCCACUGUGUAUUACUGGUUGCCCAAAAGCCAUGGUAUCACAUUGCGGAGACUGGUGAGAGAUGCCACAGCUGAGGUGCUAGAUGGCAUUGUGCAACUGGUGGACGUCAUCGUCAGUUCCCCACUACAGAGUUUAUCACAGGAACAGCUCCAAUCUACAGGUGGGGUAUGGUCAGCGUGUGACCAGUUUGCACAUUUACCAAGAGAUAACCGGGCAGCAGUGCUGGGGGUCUUGGCCUCCUAUAUCGGGGUGGUAAAGGAUGCCAUAGAGGAGAUGGAACAGGCGCAGGCUGAGAGCCAGGACCCAUUCAGUGACGUGCUGGAUGACGAGGACCAGGACUCGCGGGGCAACCAGGACACAUACUGGUCCGAGGAGGACCGCCAGCUCAUGGCGCCCUGCCAGGGCCUGAUGAAAGCAUCUGCUGCCUGCCUGAAGAAGCUGGUGUCUGCCGUCAAGGCCAAUGGCAACGUAAGCAUGCCAGAGACUGUGGCGCAGCUGGAUGACCUGGCUGAUAUCGCCAAGGAGAUCAGCCCCAGGUAAAAGAGGAUGGUCGAUUCCAAAUGCAUUUAAAGGGAUGGAUAAGUUAAGGGAGUUUAGUCUACAUAAGUGCUUAUUAGGGUGUAGAGCUAGGUUAGAAGGUUGAUUUUGGUCUUUGGCAGAUGACAUUGAUGGUGGUUGGUUCAUCUCCUGAUUAUCUACACGGGAUGUUUUACCCCCAACCCUGGCUUAGUUUCCCAGAUGCCAGGAUGAUGAGACAAUGAGGCGUUCUUCUAAACUCUUCCAGGCUAUCUCUAUCUCAGGUCACACACCACAUCUUGUCUGGAAUGCCGUUUGUAGGUUUUUAUCAGUCAUUGUCAACUCAAGCUACAGUUGAAGUCGGAAGU